AUGAGUGAUGCAACUUCGAAGUCGGAGGAGGGUAGGAGGGCAAUUGUGUAAUAACGUCCAGUAGUAGGCAAAAGCUAAAAUGAGCGGGUAAUUGAUGGCGGGGCUUAUUACUCAGGGUCCCGACCGGCGACAGCAUCAACCUGUUACCUGGAUGAUUUCAUUGAGCCGUCCAUCAAGUCAGUUCCUAGCUUUUUGUGCUGCUUGUCCAUUCAGGUUUGACGAUAACUACCAUCUACUGUGGGCAGAUGUUUGAAACGGUUCCAGCCCUCCUUUCCCAUUGGACCAUAGCCCUCCAUGCCUUGAUGAGAACAUUGGCGUUGCUGUUUUCCAACCCUCAGUGUUACAAGGAGAGGUCCCUCCCUCAAUCAAACCCUUCCAUCUCAUCUUUGUGUGCCCCUGUGGGGCAAGGCGGGAUUUUUGUUGUCAAGGUCAGGAGGGAAGUCCGACCAUGUUUCGCUCCCCGUCACAACAAUUGUCCGUGAAAAAAUGUCGCACCUAUCCAAUUGCCUGAUAGUACGGAGUACACUCCGUGUUUACCGAAUGACAGGUCUGUACGUCAUGACGACGCCUAUCUAUUUCUUCGGCCUUUAGAGCUGGGAGGGCUCUAGAAGAGCCAAGCCAGAACCUCCAGGAUCCACUAUAACUGCAUUUCACGCAUUGCCUGUCUGUGUCUCCUGUGUUGUUGAACACAUUUGAAACUACCGACAGUAGCAUCUCUCAAUGCCAGGCCGAUGAUGGAGCUUUGGAGGGGCA